AUUAUUAUUGGGUGGAGGAACGGGGAGGGGGAGUCUGCAGAGCAGACAAAAUGCGAAGCCCUCCCCGCAAGUGUGUCUGUGCGGGAGGAGGGUGUACGCAGUUCGUUAGAGACCGAGGUAGAGAAGGGUGAAGGGGCGGCCAAAGUGGAGAGGGGUCAGCAGCAGCCACAGCAUGCUCUCCACGCAACAGUUCCCUGCCCUGCCUACGGAGGAGGAGCGCUACCGGCAGGUCCUCUCCGCCAGCCGGGUCUUAGGAACAGAUGAGGAUAAUAUGGGGGAUGGUUGCUCUCAGAAACUGGCUUCUGCCAAGUUCCUUCGACUUUUGCUCCUGAUACUGAUUCCAUGCAUCUGUGCCCUUAUCCUUUUGCUGGUGAUCCUGCUUACCUUUGUGGGAGUGUUAGAAAAAACAUGUUUUUAUUCAAACGGAAGUGAGGGCCUCACAGCUAAUGGCGACUUUGAAAUGUCUCAUGAUCUUUUGCCAAAUAUGGUUGAAAAUAGUUCCAAGACUGAUCCCACAGUGUAUCACAGCACACAGUCCUCUUCCUGGACCACCAUGCCUUUAUCCCACAUCGACCAAAUGAACAAGAACUCAAAUACAUUUAGAGAGUCUUUCCAGGAAAAUUCCUUUGGUCCCCCAACUCAAGCCACAGUGCUUGGUCAUCAGCCUGCCUCUGACGCUGCUUUGGCAGAGGGCUCUGAAGACAACACCCGGCUGUUUGCCACUGCAGAGGAGGUGACGCUGUGGUCUACAGAUGCUUCUUUUAACAACACAGAGAGGAUGACCACUCUGCCAGUAUUAAGUCCUACCAAUCCAUCUCUGUCACAAAAAAUGGAUCAGAAAAAAAGUGCCUGCAGAAAUAUCACCAAUAGCCAGUGCCAAAUGCUGCCAUAUAACUACACCACUGUAACUUCAGUUCUUUCCAUUGUCAAAAAUAUUGAAAUGGAGAAGUUCCUGAAGUUCUUCAGUUACCUCAAUCGUCUCAACUGCUAUCAACACAUCAUGCUGUUUGGCUGUAGUCUUGCUCUUCUGAAUGCAUCAGUGACGGUGAUGACAGGCAGCUAA